GGACGCCGCCGCGCCAACACGGACCGGAGCUGUACUGGGGCUGGGGGGGUACUGAGCGAUGCUGUCCGCCGCCAUUCAGAUCCUGGCGUUCGCCCUGGCGCUCCUGGGCGUCCUCGGCACCACCGUGGCCACUCUGCUGCCCAACUGGAAGGUGAGCAUCAACGCCUGGUCCAGCAUCAUGACCCCCAUCUCGCAGAUGCAGGGUCUGUGGAUGGACUGCGUCUGGUACAGCUCCGGGGUCUUCAGCUGCACCAUGAAGAACUCGGUUCUGUCGCUGCCGGGGUAUCUGCAGGCCACGCGGGCCGCCAUGGUUCUGUCCUGCCUGGUGGCGUUGUUCGGACUCUGCCUCGCCUCCCUGGGGCUUAAAUGUACCCGCUGGGGGGGAAGCCACCGAGCAAAGGGGCACACAGCCAUCGCUGCGGGGGGCUGCUUCAUCCUGGCCAGCUUUCUCUGCCUGGUCCCCGCAUCCUGGUUCACCAACGAAGUCAUCACCGUCUUCCUGACCACGGACCUGCCGGAGAGCAGCAAAUAUCAGCCGGGAGGAGCUCUGUGCGUGACGUUUAUAUCCGCCGGCUUCCUCCUGGCUGGAGGGGUCAUUUUUUGUUUGUCAUGUCCUGGAAAGAGAUCCGGACGACCGGACUUCGCUUCCUCCGCUUCCUCCGCUGACCCCGACAGACGUCUAACGUGCCCACAUGAGCAGCGGAGGCGGGAGCUGCAGACGGAGGACGUGCAGCCGAAAAACAGGCAAAACAAGACGGUUCAGCUGCAGAUGGACAAAGUGAAGCAGAAGAAACCUCCUGAACAGGGUCAGGAGCAGAAGAAGGUCUACUUGUCUCCCUCCAAACUCCCUCCGAAAGACAUCAAAGACAGCUACAGCCUCCAGGAGUACGUUUAA